UGGAUAAAGAAUUACCUAUAAAGAACAAGCCUUGUUAAAUUGUCUCAAUCAUUAAAUUAUUUGUAUUGACCCUUUAGUAUAAUGAAAUUUGCUGUAGUAAUAAUUUUGUGAUUAAGAGAGAAUUUUCAGCAUUAUAGAAUAUGGUUGUUGCAAAUGGUGAAACAUCAUUAAAUCAUUUUUAUAAAAUGCAACCUACUAGCAUGACUCCAAAAGAACUAUCAGAAAAUGACGAUUUAGCAACAUCGCUAAUUUUGGAUCCUAUUUUGGGCUUUCAAACACAUAAAAUGAACACCAGAUAUAAACCACUUAGGGUAAAAAAUGACGAGUUGAAGAAAAUGCUAGCAGAAUUCAUUAAAUCUCAAAACUACGAAGAAACUUUUCGAAAGAUUAUGGGUGGUGAAUGGAUUCCUAGAACAAUUAACAAUAAAAGCAAAGUAUCACAUAAAAGACUUCAAGCUCAUAUUUAUCGCUAUUUGCGUGUUUUUGAUCGUGAAUCUGGAUUUGUGAUUGAGCCUUGCUAUCGGUAUUCAUUAGAAGGACAAAAAGGAGCAAAAAUAUCAUCAACAAAAAAGUGGUACAAAAAUGAAAAAAUAGAAUGCUUGGUUGGUUGCAUUGCCGAACUGUCUGAAGAAGAAGAAAAAGCUCUUCUACAGCCUGGGAAAAAUGAUUUUUCCGUCAUGUAUAGCUGUCGAAAAAAUUGCGCUCAGUUAUGGCUUGGACCCGCUGCAUUUAUAAAUCAUGAUUGUAGAGCUAAUUGCAAGUUUGUUCCCACUGGAAGAGAUACAGCUUGCGUUAAAGUUUUGCGUAAUAUUGAAGAGGGAGAAGAAAUUACAUGUUUUUACGGUGAAGAUUUUUUUGGUGACAAUAACUGUUAUUGCGAGUGUGAAACUUGUGAAAGACGAUGCAGUGGAGCGUUUGCCAAAGAAAAAUCUUCAGAAGAAAAACUUUCGGGUGGAUAUCGAUUACGAGAAACAGACAAUCGUAUAAAUCGACGAAAGGUUUCGAGAAGUAGCACAUCUAAUGAUGAUAAAGUUAAUUCAAUUGGAAUGUCGCUUUUACCGGAAGUUCAAAUGAGUUUUAAAGAAUUGCGUAAACGCUGCACGAAGUACGAUGCAGAAAUGAUAAUCGCUCAGCAGCCUUCAAAAAGCGACGACACCGUAUUAAAUGAAGAAAUCUCUCCCUCUAACCAUUUAAAUCAGACUAAUAACAUGUAUGCUACUGCCAAUAUUAAUAGAGUUACAAGGUCUAGACGUCAGAACUGUAUUGAAUCAUCUGAAAGCUCAACGAAGAAACGACUCCGUAGUAAUAUGACAACAUUUCCUGGAACAUCUUCCAGUGACUGUGAUAAUGAAGAUGAAGGUAAUCAUGAAAAUGCCGAAGAAAAUAGCACUUCAAGUAUUGAACAAAAUUUGAACAAUGUACGAUCAUUUGCAUCACAAAAGCAACACGCAAGAAAAACAAUGCAUAAUGGAGAGGAUUUUUUAAGAAAAAGAAAAUCAAAAUCAACAAGAUCCAGUGAGAGCGAAAGUUCCUCGUCGUGGGAGAAUAAACAAUCCUCUUUAGUUAACAAAAAUAAGGCUGAAUAUGGAGAAAGUAUUUUAUCGAUCAAUGACCAAUAUCCGAAAACUCCUGAGAGACGUUUAAAAUUGACAAUUCGUGUUAAAAGAAGUCCGACAACAAGCAACAGCAAUAGCUGUUCGAGUUUUCAGCCAGAUUUUGAUUUCACUAAUAACGGAUUGUCUGGAGGAAGUGAUGAUAAUGAACUUCAAUACGAAAUAUUAAGAACUGAAGGAAUAACAAGCGAUUUAAGUGAAAGUGAAUCAGUUCCAUCGUUACAUUUAGAUAUGAUAAAUAAGAAACCUAAGCAUAAGAAGAAACGUAAGCAUAAGAAAAAUAAUGUAAAUAGAAAUACAAUCUAUGAGUUUAUAGUAAAAUUUGAAAACUUUGUUCUCAUUGAUGCAAGUUCAAAGGACUUAGACAUAAGUUCAACUGAAUGA